AGUAUUUUAAAAAAUCAACAAGAAAUAAAUCAAAAUGGCGCACCAGCAGCAGCAGCAACAACAGCAACUGGCACAAUCUGUGAAUUGUUCAUUGGAUGAUAUUGAUUUGACAGCACUUAAGGAUCCGGCAGGCAUCUUUGAGCUCAUCGAGGUCGUUGGCAAUGGCACCUACGGCCAGGUCUAUAAGGGCCGUCAUACAAAAACUGGUCAGUUGGCUGCCAUAAAGGUGAUGGAUGUCACCGAGGAUGAGGAGGAGGAAAUUAAGCUGGAGAUCAAUGUGCUUAAGAAAUACUCAAAUCAUCGCAAUAUUGCGACCUAUUAUGGUGCAUUUAUUAAGAAAUCGCCAGCGGGCAAAGAUGAUCAGCUCUGGCUGGUGAUGGAAUAUUGCGGCGCUGGUUCCGUAACCGAUCUGGUCAAAUCGACAAAAGGUCAAAGCCUCAAAGAGGAAUGGAUUGCCUAUAUAUGUCGUGAAAUUCUACGCGGUCUAAGCUAUUUGCAUUCUAAGAAAGUCAUACAUCGUGACAUCAAAGGACAAAAUGUGCUGCUCACAGAUAAUGCGGAGGUGAAGCUUGUCGACUUUGGUGUCUCCGCUCAGUUGGAUCGCACGAUAGGCAGACGCAAUACAUUUAUUGGCACACCCUAUUGGAUGGCACCCGAGGUCAUUGCCUGCGAUGAGAAUCCCGAUGCUACAUAUGACAAUCGCUCGGAUCUGUGGUCGCUGGGCAUUACCUCAUUGGAAAUGGCUGAGUCACAGCCGCCACUAUGCGAUCUGCAUCCGAUGCGUGCUUUGUUCUUGAUACCACGCAACUCACCACCGCGUCUCAAAUCCAAGAAGUGGUCCAAGAAGUUUCACAGCUUCAUUGAUGUGGUGCUAGUGAAAGACUAUCAUCAGCGGCCUUAUACCGAAAAUCUGCUAAAGCAUCCGUUUAUCAAGGAUCAGCCGACAGAUCGACAGGUGCGCAUACAGCUGAAGGAUCACAUUGAUCGCUGCAAGAAGCGCAAGCAGGAGAAGGAUCGCGAAGACUAUCGCUACUCGGGCUCCGACAACGAUGACGAUGAGCCGCAGCUGGCUGGCGAGCCCAGCUCCAUUAUACAAGCGCCAGGCGGCGACACUUUGCGUCGCAAUUUCCAACAGAUACAAGAGGGACGCAUGGCUGCCGAACAGCAGCAGCAACAUCAUCAGCUAAUGGCUCAGGCUCAAGCACAGGCGCAGGCACAGGCACAUGCUGCUGCUCAGGCGCAACUGCAUCAGCAGCAACAAGCAGCUGCCGCUGCGGCAGCGGCGCAUGCAGCGCAGCAGGCACAGGUGGCGCAACAACAGGCACAGGCCGCACAACCGCAGGCCAAUCGUCAGCAGAAACCGCCUUCGCGUCAACAGGUUGAGGAACCCGGACCGCCACGUCCACAGCUGCCACAACGUUUGAUUGUGGUGCCAGAUCCACCGCACGCCAAUCGCCCGUUGCCACCCACACCCAAGUGCGGCGAGCCUGCGGUUCAGACGGCCUCACAACAAUCGCGUAGCUCGCAAAGCAACAACUUCAAGCCAUCGUUACCACCAAGGAGACCUGAGCCGCAGCCACAGACCGCCGCCAUUGGACAGCAGGCACAGCCGGAGGCGCCGCCACGCAAUCGACAAUCCGGCUCCUCAGCCGGCAAUGGAGCCAUUUGCGUCUCUGCCUCAUCGAGCAACAAGCCAGCCGCUGCACUUCCGCAGUCGAACAAUCAUCUGGGACAGCCGGUCAAUCCAUUGGAUCCACUCGACAGCAGCGAUUCGGACAGCGAACCGGAUGAGCCCAACGAUCGGGCGCGCAAUGAUGGGACACUGCUUGCCAGCGAUCCGCCCAAGCCGCUGCCUGGCUUGGGACCCGUGUCCGAGGAUGCAACAACGACCACUCCGCUUAGCCAUGGCAGCGGUGGUCCACCGAAUCGACCCUUGCCACCGACUCCGGAUGACGAUGAUCAGGCCGGCGAUCGUACGCUGAUCAUGAAGCGCAAAUUAGAACAAAACAUAAAUCGCUUACAAAAAUCCGCCUCCACCUCGCACGCGCCCAUGAAACGCGCCGAAGACGCCAAGCUUUUGCACGAAUGGAACUUUGAUAAAUUCUUUUCUAAACCCACUCACAAUAAAUCGAGCAGCAGCAGCAGCGCCAGCAGUGGCAGCGAGUCGAUGCUACGUGCCACACUCAGCCGCCUGCCCUCAGAUCAGAGCACACUCAAAGUGGAUGCCAAACUGCAGCGCGCCAGCGUUGCGGAGGCCAUAGCACGACCCGUGCCCAAGGGCUAUCAGCCAUUGAAGGGCAGCAGCUCCUCCAAAGAACGCAGCGGCAUCAGCAGCAGUCAGCAGCCGACGUUGCAGGCGCAGCAUAAGCGUCAAGAGUCUGACUCUAAGCUGCCAAGCUUUGUGCGUGGCUUUAGGCGUGAGAAUUCGGAUUUCUUUCCAAUGAGCAAACGUCACUCGGCCGUGCUGCUGGGCAGCGAGAAAAGCAGCGCAGUGGCUGCGCAGUCGCCGCGACAAGCGUCUAUGUACCAAAGGAACAGCAUUUACAACAACAACAACAGUAAUAGCAGCACCAGCAGCAGCAGCAAAGAGAGCAGCAGCGUCGCUGCUAAGAGCAAAGCUGUUGGCAGUACAACAGCAAAAGCAACAACAACAACAAAAGCUACAGCAACGGUAACGCCUACAACAUCAACUGCCGCCGCCGCCGUCGCGCCCGCACCUACAAAAUCGAGUUGGGCUAAUUUAGAUUUUCUGCGUUUGCGUCGCGAAAAGACUGAAUCCGUUAUUGUGCUGCAAAAUGCAGCGGCGCGUGCGCAGGCGCAGCAGCAGCCAGCACAGCAACAGCAACAACAACAACAACUUCCACAGCAGCAGCAGCAGAAUCGCGCUGGAGCUGGCAGCGGCGUUGGCGGAGACAACAGCGGCCUUGGCACUCCCGGCACUCGCACCAGCAGCGUUCUACCCGAUUUACUCAGCCAGGCAUCCCCAGCAACGCCUCCGCGUCAUGAUAAAUCAUCCAGUGAGGAGUAUCAAGCGGCCAUUAGUUCAUCCGUGCAUUCCACGCCAUCGAAAUCGUUUAUCGCUAGCAGCGGCAGCGCCACUAACGUCAGCGUCGGCAGCGGCGGCCAUGGCCUGGGCGGCGGCAGCAGCGUUGUCAGUGGCCUUAUUAUUAGCAAUAAUAAUUCACCACAGUCAACCAUAUCGCUGGCCUCAUCCACAUCGAAUUCGCGACAAAAUUCACCAAAGAAUUCGAUUAGUAAAACGCGUUCUACCAGCAGUAUUACUAAUUUAUUGCAUAAAUCUACUUCUUCCUCCUCUGCCAACAUUUUGCAUCUCUCCCCCUCCACAUCCAAUGCCUGUGCCACCGGAUCCCCCUCGCUGCCACCGCACGCCUAUGCGCUACAACAGAAACAACGCAGUUUUCUCACCUUUGGAUUUGGCGCCGGCGGCUCGUGCCCGACGCGUCGUGAGUCCACUGUCAAUGUCAAUGUGACGCCCACAUCCCAUGAGGCAACUAACGAUACGCCCGAGAUACGUAAGUAUAAGAAGCGUUUCAAUUCGGAAAUACUAUGCGCUGCUCUAUGGGGCGUGAAUCUAUUGAUUGGCACCGAGAAUGGACUCAUGCUGUUGGAUCGCUCGGGACAGGGCAAGGUCUAUCAGCUCAUAUCGCGUCGCCGCUUCCAGCAAAUGGAAGUGCUGGAGGGACAGAAUAUCUUGGUUACCAUAUCGGGCAAAAAGAAUCGCGUGCGCGUCUAUUACUUAUCCUGGUUAAAAUCCAAAAUCUUGCGCACCGAUGGAUUAUCCGAUCAAGUGGAACGUCGCAAUGGCUGGAUUAAUGUUGGUGAUCUACAAGGUGCUGUACAUUUUAAGAUUGUCAAAUAUGAGAGGAUUAAGUUCCUAGUGAUUGCAUUAAAAGACUCCAUUGAAAUCUAUGCAUGGGCGCCCAAACCAUAUCACAAAUUUAUGGCAUUUAAGAAUUUUGGUGAACUGGAGCAUCGCCCACUUUUGGUGGAUCUUACAAUUGAAGAUCAGUCUAGACUGAAAGUGAUUUAUGGCUCCGCUGAGGGUUUCCAUGCGGUUGACUUGGACUCCGCUGAAGUAUACGACAUAUAUCUUCCUAAGCAUACUCAGGGUGCUAUCAUUCCACAUUGCAUUGUGGCGCUUCCAAAUUCAAAUGGUAUGCAAUUGUUGCUGUGCUAUGACAAUGAAGGUGUCUAUGUAAACACUGCCGGUCGUGUAUCCAAGAACAUUGUGCUGCAGUGGGGCGAGAUGCCCACAUCUGUGGCCUAUAUUGGCACUGGACAAAUUAUGGGCUGGGGCAAUAAAGCAAUAGAGAUACGUUCCGUUGAGAGCGGCCAUUUGGAUGGUGUUUUUAUGCACAAGAAGGCGCAGCGCUUGAAAUUCCUUUGCGAGCGCAAUGACAAAGUAUUCUUCAGCAGUGCCAAAGGUGCUUCAUCGUGUCAAAUCUAUUUUAUGACGCUCAAUAAGCCAGGCAUGGCCAACUGGUAAUUCACCUCCGCCCGCCCCCACACACACACAUAAAACACACAACACGUAUACUUCUUAUACUAUCAUCUGGGCAACUUUAACGUGCAACAUCAACAGCAAGAACAUUUUCAUUUUUAUUUACAACUACAAGAAGCAAGGAUAUACAUAGACACAAACUUAGCUCGUUUAAGUAAAAAGUGCAUAAAUAUUAAGUGAAAGCAUCCUAAAACUCAACACGAAAACACACACUAAUACACACCCACGUCAAUAUGUGAAAACGUUUCAAUUAGUAAAAUGUGCUAUAGCAAGCUACAAAUACUCGUGCAACAUACAAGCGAGCGUUAAUUAAUUAUUGUAUUUAAAAAAGAAAGAAAGCAAAGAAAACAACAAUGUUCACAUAUUUUCGAUAGCGCGCUCACUCGUCGAGGUUUUUUACACCACAGCAAACGAGCAAUGAAAAAAUAUCGAUAAGCGUAACAAAAGCAUCGAUGCCUCUUACACAUACAUACGACAUACAUAACUACAUAUGUAUAUUGCAGUUUAAUAACGUAAAAAUGAAAGAAUAUGCACACACAGCCCUUCCGCAGUUUAUUCACAUUUAUGAAUUAUUAUUAAUUUGCCCACAAGUUAUAUAUUAAGUUUAUAAAGAAGAGAAAGCCAACACGCAACGCAGCAAAAAGUGAGAAGAGUGUGAGAAAAAAUUUAAACGAAGCAACUAAACGAAUUAGUUUACUUUGAUUUGUUUCAAAACGGCAACAUUUACAUAUACAUUGCUAUAUAUAUAGAAAUAUAAAUAUAUAAAU